UAUUCAUUCUCUAACCAAAACCACUUAAAUAAAUGUUUCAAGCCUUUUUCAAGUUUAUAAGAAUUUAACAAAAACUGUAAUUUAUGCCUUUAGAACUUGCACAAUUACUAAAUUGGAAAGGGCUACAAAACUGCAUACUCGAAAAUUUUCUAAAAAUUCCGAUUAAAAAGUUUUGUCCAUGACAUUAUAUCCGAAUAAUUAAAAUAGAUAAAUAUUAAAACUAUUAAAGUUAUCUCUUUAUCUUAAUAGAUUGUGGAACGGAGUGACAUGUUGGCCCAAAACCAACUUAUUAGGGAAUGUAAAGUGAUGCUGAAAAAGGUUCAGCAGUCGGUUUGUUAUAUGACCGGAGAAACUGAGGACGAAAACAUUCGCGAAAUUUCUUCUCUACUCCAUCUCAAUUCUAAGGAAACUUCGAUUCAAAUGGAAGCAAAAAUUAGUAACGCCGAAUAUAGACAGGCACUGUCAACCUAUAUUUAUAAAUUGAAGGGGCCGUCGGGAUGCCUAAACGACGUGAUUCGUAAGUUGUUUACGGAUGAGUUUUUGCAACACUACAAUUGGGACGGGCGAUGGGAGAGGGAAUCGUUAGCGCAAAUGAAAUUAGUUGACGAAAUUUUAUUUGGUAAUUAGUAUUUAUUUAAUUUUCAAAGUUACUUGAUUAACUAUCAUCUUUAAUUCUUUUC